UGGUUGUGGAAAAUCAACAGUGAUUGCAUUGAUCCAAAGAUUCUAUGAUGUUGAGAGAGGGUUUGUGAAAGUGGACAAUGUGGACAUAAGGGAACUAGAUAUUCAAUGGUAUAGGCAGCACACUGCACUUGUUAGCCAAGAACCUGUCAUAUAUUCUGGCACUGUAAGGGACAACAUCUUGUUUGGGAAGCAAGAUGCAACUGAGAAUGAAGUUGUUGAAGCUGCAAAAGCCGCAAAUGCUCAUGAGUUCAUAUCAUCAUUGAAAGAUGGAUAUGAAACAGAAUGUGGAGAAAGGGGAGUGCAACUAUCUGGAGGGCAAAAGCAGAGAAUAGCAAUAGCAAGGGCCAUAAUAAGGAACCCAACAAUAUUGCUGCUUGACGAAGCAACAAGUGCACUUGAUGUUCAAUCAGAACAAGUUGUGCAAGAAGCAUUAGACAGGAUCAUGGUGGGAAGAACCACCAUUGUUGUAGCACAUAGGCUCAACACCAUCAAAGAACUUGACUCGAUUGCAUAUGUCUCAGAGGGUAAGGUUCUUGAGCAAGGAACCUAUGCUCAACUUAGGCACAAGAGAGGUGCCUUCUUCAAUCUUGCAUGCCAUCAAAUCCAAAAUUAGGUAGCAAUAAUAAUAACAAUAAUGUAAUUAUUAUAAUGAAAAUUUACAUGUCUUGUAAUCCCUAAAAUAAGUAAUAAUCCUAUCACUAAUUAGUACUUUGAACUUAAAA